UGUAACUGCUUGGCUACUAGCGUCACCCAGGGCCUGGGUGGUACUGUACGUGGAAAAACUGGUAUCUCGCUAGCAGGCAAGUCAUAGACUUAGGGGUAACGUUAGUUGGGUGAACAUGUAAUUUUACAUAACUAAUGUUUCCGAUCUGCACUCUUUAAUGUUACUGGAGAUAUUGGGACGUUGAUUUUCACUUCCAGAUGAAGAAAAAGAAGACCGGCUUGAGAAAUUCCACAAAACCCGAAAUCCUGUUGGAAUUGGAAAGACCGACAGUUGGCUAACAAGCUUCUACUGGAAGGCCAGAUACUUUGCGAGGCUGGAUAUUUUAGCCAGUCCUGACGCCGUGGUCUACAGUCCCAUAACUCAGCUCUCCAUACCCAUCAACUGUCAACUGUCACUUUCACUUUCACCUUGUGUAAGAGGCAGUAGAAGCCCUUCUCAUUGACAUCCCCGUUAACUGUGAAGCUACCUACCUUCGAGUGCAGGAGAGGAGAGAACCCCAGACGUGCUGCUGGAGCUGCAGGAUGAUGAGUGUAGCCGGUCGUUCCUGUCGCAGAUGAACAAGGCCCAACAGCAAGUUUCACCCAAGGAGAUGGACCCCACCGACCCACAGCCUGCUGCACCCCCGAGAGGCAUCAGCAUGCUUGCCAGUGGCGUACCCCCCGGCAACUCUGCCUCCUCAAAUCCUAACCCUGGCCCCAUAACCAUAGAUGCAGAUGGCCCAGGUCUGACUCUGGCAGACCUUGGCAUCGAGGACCAUUUCAACCACUCCCUGGAGGUGGAGGAGAAGAAAAACCAGCAGAACCGGAUCAGCGCCCCUCGGGAACCUCCACCAGUGCCUCCUCUUCCACCCCGCAAGAGCUCUUGCAACCCUUCCAGCACCCUUGGGGCGGGACUGGCUUCAAAAGAGCAGGCCCCACCCACACAGAACGAAGACAACUCUCUCAUUACUCCGAGCAGAGAGGUCCCGAUGGAAAAGCUGUUUAGCUGGAACGAAAGCCCCUCCGUUAACACCAUGAGACAGGCCAUGUUCUCCAACCAGGCAUCGCAGAGAGAGGGUCUCAUCAGACACUGUCUUCACAAGAAGGAGAAGGAGUAUGUGUACAUCCAGCACUUCCGGUUCUUCAUUGGGACGUGGAAUGUGAAUGGACAGUCUCCGGACAGCAGCCUGCAGCCCUGGCUUAACUGCGAUUCAGAGCCGCCAGACUUCUAUGCCGUGGGGUUUCAGGAGCUGGACCUGAGCACAGAGGCCUUCUUCUACCUGGACUCCGCAAAGGAGCAGCUUUGGGUGGAGGCCGUGGAGCGGAGCUUGCAUCCAAAAGCCAAGUACAGACAAAUCCGCAUUAUCCGGCUGGUGGGCAUGAUGCUUGUGGUGUUCGCCAGGAAAGAGCACAAGAGCCACAUCCAAGAUGUGUCAGCGGAGACCGUUGGCACAGGCAUCAUGGGAAAAAUGGGAAACAAGGGUGGUGUGGCCGUGCGGUUCGUGUUCCACAACACCAGCUUCUGCCUGGUGAACACUCACCUGGCGGCGCACGUGGAGGAGUUUGAGCGCCGUAACCAGGACUACAAGGACAUCUGCGCCCGCAUGCGCUUCACCGCAGAGGACCAGCCGCCGCUCAGUAUCGUCAAACACGAUGUAGUAAUCUGGAUGGGUGACCUGAACUACCGGCUGUGUAUCUAUGACGCUUCCGAUGUCAAAAACCUCAUAUCCAAAAAGGAGCUGAAGAAGUUGCAGGAAUGUGACCAGCUCAACAUCCAGAGGCAGACACGGAGAGCAUUCACUGAUUUUGUGGAGGGAGACAUCACCUUUGUACCCACCUAUAAGUAUGAUGCCAAAACCAACCGAUGGGAUUCCAGUGGGAAGUGCCGAGUCCCAGCCUGGUGUGACCGGAUCCUGUGGAGAGGCAGCAGUGUGACGCAGCUGGAGUACCGCAGCCAUAUGGAGCUACAGACCAGUGACCACAAGCCUGUCAGCUCCCUCUUCAGUAUCGGGGUGAAAGUGGUGAACGAGCAGCAGCAGAAGAAGGUGUUCGAGGAGAUUGUGCGCAUGAUGGACCGGAUGGAGAACGAGUUCCUCCCGUCCCUGUCGCUGUCUCGGAGAGAGUUCACCUUCGAGAACGUGAAGUUCAGGCAGCUGCAGCGGGAGCGAUUCCUCAUCACCAACGACGGCCAGGUUCACUGCCACUUCGCCUUCAUCCCCAAGUUCAACGACACGCAGUACUGCAAGCCCUGGCUGAGUGCCGAGCCCUGCGACGGCUUCCUGGAGCCCAACGAGACCCUGGAGAUCAGCUUGGAGGUGUACGUCACCAAGGACUCGGUGACCCUGCUCAACUCGGGCGAGGACUCCAUCGAGGACAUCCUGGUGCUGCACCUGGACCGGGGCAAGGACUACUUCAUCACCAUCUCCGGCAACUACCUGCCCAGCUGCUUCGGCACGUCCCUGGAGACACUGUGCCGCAUGAGGAAGCCCAUCCGCGAGAUCCCCAUCACCAAACUCAUCGACCUGGGAGAAGACGGCUACAUGGAGAAGGAGAAAUCCCGCAUGAACUGCCUGGUGGACAACACUGGGACCGAGGCCAAGCCCUUGAAGAUCCCCAAGGAAGUGUGGCUUUUAGUGGACCACCUCUUCACCAAGUCCUGCCAACAGGAGGACCUUUUCCAGUCCCCAGGAAUGCAGGAGGAGCUACAGAACAUCAUUGAAUGCCUUGAUACCAGCAUUCCAGAGACAAUCCCCGGCAGCAACCACACUGUGGCGGAGGCCCUGCUGAUCUUCCUGGACACCCUGCCAGAGCCGGUCCUGUGCUACGAGCUGUACCAGCGCUGCCUAGACUGUUCCAACGACAGCCGGCAGUGCAGACAGCUGAUUUCCCAGCUUCCCCGGGCUCACCGCAAUGUGUUUCGGUACCUCAUGGCCUUCCUGAGGGAGCUGCUCAAGUUCUCCCACCACAACAACCUCACUGCCAGCAUCAUUGCUCCCCUAUUCGCAAGCCUUCUGAUCCGGCCCCCACCCAACCUGGUGGGCAGGCAGACACCACAGGACCGCCACAAAGCCAACGAGUUCAUCAUCGGGUUCCUCAAGGCUGGAGAGGAGGAGUAGUGAGGAGCAGGAAGGCACGGCCACAGAUAAGCGGUUCUCCCACCUCCUGCCAUGGGGUGGUCCACGGUCGCUGUGUCAGCAACCCUCACCUCCACCACACUUUACUACAGAAACUUGUCAUUCUGACCAACUGUCCAAAAUGGCACAUCUGCACUGCUGAAUAACCCCCUACCUUGUAGAAGAAGGUGUCCAUUUUUUUUAGUCCCCUGUCAUUUUUUUCCCUCUGUCAAAUCCUGGACAUUCUGUGCCAAAGGAGCCCUUGUUGUGAUAUUCUGAUGUGUCUGAAUGUAUGUAUUCGAGUUUGAUUCCGUAUGUAAUGAUCAUGUACAACACUAAAGACUGCUCAUGCUGAAAUGUCAUUGGGAACAGUUGGAUUCAUGCUGCUUGUCAGAAUAGUUUUCUCUUUCUUUAUGGAGCCACGUGUGGACAUUUCAACUGAACUCCUCAAGACUUGAAAGCAGCCAUGAAUGCUUGCUUUUAACCCUUUCCACUUUGGCCCCUUAGAAGGCAAUUUCAGCCUAUUUUGUACUAGUCCUAUAAAAGUGUCAAUAUCCCAAAAACUAUUUACUGCACACAUGGUUGAAACGACACAAAUUUAUGUUGGGGCAUGUAUACAGCGUGCACAAAAGAUACAUAAAAAUACCAGAAAAUUACAAAGUGUUUUAUGUUUUUAUAGUUUAACACUAAAUAUCUCUGAAUAAGUCAAGGACCAACCCAGAAUUAAUUUAUAUUUGUGCACAAACUUGCUCUCAGUGUGUGAUUUGGUAAAGAUAUUUACAGGCAUCCAAAUUCCACAUGGGUUUUCCCAAAACUGCAUCUAGAUGUCCUCAAGUGUCCCCAAAUCUCUCCAAAUAAAAGACAUUUACAUAUGUUUUUGUCCAGACACAUGAAUGAUCAGUAAAGUUUACAUUUCUAUUAAACCCGAUUAUGUUAUACAAAAUGUAAAGAAAAGCAGCCUUCUCAUGUAUUUUAUUCACAUAUAUGUUUUGUAAAGCAUGCCCAAGGUGUUGAAAAUGCUCUCCAAAGAGGAUUACUCACUGAACCUGCAUCACAUUUAAAAUAUGACUUUAUUUAAAAAUGUGGUUAAUCAGAGCCCCGUUAGCCAGUAAAAUUACGGGAUAAUCUAUAGCAAGUCCAAUUUAAACGCUCACUUGACGUUUUACGCACGUCUGAAUAUUAAUUUUGCUAUGCGAAUGCAGCAAUAUUCCUAAACUUGUUCGUCACCUGAAUAUAACUUACCUGAUCGCCAUGUUUGAAAUUAGUUCCGUAUUGAAAUUGCCUAGCAAUGCAAAAACAUAGCUUUCUUGAAAAUAUGAAAUAAAAAUACGAAAUAAACGUCAGUGUUAGUUAGAAAACAGUCAUAGCUUCAUAACCAGGUGGGAUAUUUAGUUACAUAAAUGUGUCUGCAUCGAAUAAUUUGCACAACAAACAUUUCUACCAAACAGCAAAUAUGUUGGCCAGACACAAUAAAAGUGAGCAAAAACUGUUUAUCCAUGCUAGUUCUGAAUUGUAUAUUUUUGUUCUUAUAUUGGAACAUGAUUUUCUGACGUAGAUAAAUGGUAUCAAGGAUUGUUAGAAUAUGCCUUUUAUUGUCUCAGUCUAUUACUCGAUCAGACUUGUUUAGCCGUUAACGUGGCAUGGGGGAGGAUGCUGUUUUAUUGCCCUGCUUUACAAAUAAGAGGCAGAUAAGAAUCUAAAAGUACUGUUAUCGCUAGCGGAGAGUCUUUUUAACAAUCGGAUAUUGCCAUCUUGGGUUUUACUACGUUGCCAUUUUGAUCAUUUUAGAAAUAUGAACGCAACAAUAAUAUGGGAUGUCGACGACAAAACCAAAAGGGGGCAGCGUGGAUGGGGUUAGUAAAAGCAAACCCAAAGGCUGUUUUUUGCUUGAGACAAUCGGCCAGUAAUGAGAACCUCCGUCCCGCCUUAAGGGCAUUCAUCUGGUGACGUGUGGUAACCAACUGCUCUUGCAUAUCUCACAUUCUUUUUAGACAGCCUUUUGCACCGUUGUUGUUUUUUUUCUUUUUCCUGAUCUCUGAACCUAUCAAUGAACACUUUACAUUCAGAGGAAUUUUUAACAAGCAAAGAUUUUUUUUCUCCUCUUUGCAGACCCUACUUGAAUAGUUUCUCUGCCCUGCAGAUCUUCCUCACAGGUAGUAAUUUCUACAUUGUGCAGGAAUUCUUAGUGACUUCUUCAACCGUCCAUAUUCUAUAACUACACUAUCCCAUAAUCCCUAGCCAACCCAUUUGCAGGUUGUCUUCUGUUGGCUAAAUGUUGCUCUCUUUUUUUCUUUUUUCUUUUCCGAAACAAGGCUGAUGGGCUGAGAAAUGUAGGGCUUUUAUACCCAGGACUUUCCAUCAGUACCUCAUAGAAACUAGACAUUUUUGCCUCUUGAACUCACCCAGCACUGUGUGCAUUCUCCAUCUGACAUGAACAUUUUCUUUCAUGGUGUCAAAAGAAUAUGUGCUCAUCCACGUCGUGCCAUGCCGCAUGGUGUUGACGUCAACUUGUGUAAAUGCUGGCAUUGUACACUGUUUCUCUGUAAUGUUUGAAUGUGCCGUCGCCUCUGUGUGCGUUUGCAAGAAAGUGUUGUCUGUCCCCUGUUUGUUUGUGUAGGAAUGUGUGCCAUGUCAGUAGAACUGUGCAAAUCCCACUCACAGAAAGUGGUGCUCUACAGCGGUAUGCGAGUGCUUGGGGGGGGGGUCUGACGGCUAGACACUGGACACACGCAUGCUGUCCGUAGCGACCGCAUGUGGGGACCCUGCUGUGAGAUGCAGCAUUCCCAGAAUUCCUUCCUGUUAAAGGCCCACUUAGCUAUGAGCAGCUGCCUUCAGAAAAGCCUCUUUCUUCAUAUCAUAUGCCUCUUCCUAAGUAAGGCUCCUUUUCAGUGUGCUGUCUGAGGUUAUGUGCUUUGAACACACUUGCAUAUCCAGUUUGUGAGUCUGUUGCCCUAGUCGUAAAAGUAGUAUUGCAGAGUGGCCACCGAGUGGGUUAUGGUUCAUAUUAAGGCACUGUUCUGGCGGGGGUAUGGGCCCCACUGCCUGGUCGCCAUUACGGGCCAUGCCAUUGCUAUUGGUGGCCUGCAGCCAUGGGAGGGUUUCAGCCAGCCGAGAUCGCACUUACACGUUUGCCUGUUGAGCACCACAUCAAAUAGCUUCCUCAUGUCUGUGUGAGCCCCGACUUGUGAACUUUGCUGCCAUAAGAUGUGGCGGCUGACAUCUCAUGCUUCAGAAGGGAUUUUGUGCCACGCUUGAAUCGACGAACACGGUUGCAAUGAGUGUUGCUGCCUGAGUGUGAUUGGGCCAUUCCAAAUUGGGGAGGAAGAAAGGAGAGAACCUUUUUUUUUUUUUUUUUAGUUCACCAUCAGUUUUGCCUUUUUUUCCACUACAAGUAUACUUGUUUCAACCUGAUGGUGGACAGUGCUGUAUCACUCGCACACUAAAUGCUUUGCUUGACUGUUGUUUUCUGUGGAAACCCCCGUGGCUGAAUGCCUUAAAGGACCCGUAUCCUCAUUAAACAUUACCUAUGUAUGUUUCAUAGUACUCUCUAAUGCAAAUCCCCAUGGCAGCAGACAUCAGGAGAUGAGGAGUGGCAAGAGAUCGACCCAUCACAUCUUGUAUGAAGUGGCAUUUAGCAUGGGGGUACACAUACAACAGGUCUGUGUAUCGGGGCUAUGGUGUUGGCAUACUCGGGGCACUGCCUGGACCAGACUACAUGCAGCCAGACUGGGAGAUGUCAUUGCAUCUGUGUGUGUGUUUGCAGGUUCGGUGUGGGGUUUCUUUGUUCCCCAUGGUCCUCUGCAGAUUUUGGUUGUAGAACGCUCUGUGUUAUGUGUGGUGCAAUAUGCAAAUACAAAAAAAAACAAAAAAACAAGCCCUCUUGCACACCCCUUGGUCAGAAUGUCUCAAUUAUUUUUGGUACUUUUUAUUUAUUUAAUGGAAAUAAAAAGAUGUCCUCCUU